AUGGGCGUUUGGGGAGCGUGCUCAGCAGGGGCCCUCAGCGUUAUCUACUCUCUCAGGGGAUGCCCCUACCUCGUCGUGAGAGAGAUCCGGCUUGAUGGCCUGGAUCAGCACAGUGUAGAUGCCAUUCGGCGCAGGCUGACCGCUCUUCUAGGCACCCUUCACCCAGACGUUCUCAAAUACCACCAGGUACUUACAGACGGCAACACGAUCCUUGUUGUUACAGACCGCUGCUGUGGAGACCUCCGGCAGUUCAUCACCGACUACAGGGACAUUCACGAACCUAUUCCCAGCAAGCUGAUGCUCUCCCUUCUGGGGCAGCUGGCUGGCGCCCUUGCCCACCUCCACGGGUUCAGCAGAGGUGCCCACAGCGGCCUGCCCUCUAGCGUUGUCCUCGAGCCCGACAACGUCCUGUUCGCUGGGGACGGGCGGCGUGUUGUUCUUGCAGACUUCGGGUUCUGCGAGGGCAUAUCGAGCGGAGCUGCGAAGGCUGGCGACCCCGCGUACAUGGCCCCCGAGACACUCCUCUGCGGUGACAUGACCCAAGCAUCCGACGUCUGGAGCCUCGGGGCCAUCGCAUACGAGCUCGCCACCCUGAGGAAGCCGGACUUCCUAGGGGACAGGGAUCCUGCAGAGGUCUUCGUCGAUGGGUGGAGGCCGGACCUGAGCGGUAUCGCAGACGACCUCGCAAGGAGCGUCCUUGAAAGAAUGCUCGUCCUCGAUCCCGCCGAGAGGCCGACUGCCAGAGAGCUCGCCCGUCUGCUUCAGAUGGCCAGUGAUUCUACUGAUGAACAGGAGGCCCAAGACACAAGGCUAAAGGAGGUGCGCGCAGCCUUUGUAGAAGUCUUGAACGCUCAUCUGCAUUCGCUAUUGCCUUGGGGGAACCACAAGGUCCUUAUCUGUCAGAACUGGACGAUAUCCGACCUUCUGAUUUCAGAUUCUGGGUCUCAGCUGGUAAACGAGCGAGAGACUGCCGGCCUGGGGCGGCGGCGGCUCGCGUGGAGGACCUGUUCAGACAACAGCUGA